ACAGAUCUGCCCCAAGGGGUGGGGAGGGCAGGAGGAUGGAUCCGUGUCCCCCCACUCUCACCCUAGUCCGUUACCCUCCUCCCAGUGCCUCCCCGCGCUAACUCUCCUGGCGCCCUCGCCGGCCGCGGGCGGAGCCCGAUCCGCUGCGCUCGGCGAUCCCCGGCUCCCGCCCCUUCCCCGUCCUCCCUCCCCGGAGCCCUCAGAGGCCGUGGCCGCCUCGGUACAGCCCCGCGCGGAGCGAGCAGCUGCCCAGCGGCCAAGGGAUGAGCUGGGGCCCGCCUUCCCAAUGGCAUCUCCCCCUGGUCUGGAACUGAAGACACUGAGCAAUGGUCCCCAGGCCCCAAGGAGACCAGCUCCUCUGGGUCCAGCGGCCCCACGCAGGGAGGGUGUGGAGAAUGCCUGCUUCUUUGCGGAGGAGCACGAGACUCAUUUCCAGAACCCUAGGGAUGCCAGACUGGGCAGCUCCCCCAGCCCCCCUGAGGGCGUCCCCUCAUGGCCCCGAUCCCAGAGGGACGACCUGUCCCUGCGUUCAGAAGAGGGGCCAGGCCUGGAGCCUGUGAGCCGCCCGGUGGAUUACGGCUUCGUUUCCGCUCUGGUUUUCCUGGUGAGCGGGAUCCUCCUGGUGGUGACUGCGUACACCAUCCCCCGAGAGGCCCGUGUCAACCCGGACACAGUGUCAGCACGGGAGAUGGAACGACUAGAAAUGUACUAUGCACGCCUGGGCUCACACCUGGACAAGUGCAUCAUUGCAGGCCUGGGGCUGCUCACAGUGGGCGGCAUGCUCUUGUCCGUGCUGCUGAUGGUCUCCCUGUGCAAGGGAGAGCUGUACCGCCGGCCGAACUUCGUCCCUGGCAGGGGCUCCAGGAAGACCUACGGCUCCAUUAACCUGCGCAUGAGACAGCUCAGUGGGGAUGGGAGCCAGGCCCUGGUGGAGAACGAAGUCGUCCAGGUCUCGGAGACCAGCCGCACCCUCCAGGGGUCUUAAGUAAGAGCCCACCCUAUCUGGCUGCUUCAACUUCAGGGCUACAAGGCCUCCGAGUCUGGGGUUUUGGACUGAGCUCCACAUAGGGCCCCGUGGAAGGAGUCCCGGGUGCUGGAGGGGGAGCUUGGGGCCUGGCCCAGGCUUCGCUUGGGAGAGCUGCCCCCGAUCUGUUUUGUAGCUUGAGGUUUUGCAUAAGGUUUUGUUUGAAGGAUGGCUUCUGCUGCUAAAAAUACAGAAGUUUGGAAACUGCUGCCCUUGGAGGAUGAGUUUCUUGGCCUGCCCGAGGGUCGAGAGCUGUCUGAAAGGCUGCCCAUCCUGUUCCCCAUGUCUUGGGGAAUUCCGGGUUCUCUGCUGUCCUCAUCAGCCAUGGAUGGGUGUUGGGCAAACUUGACUUUGAGCCCUGACUGUCUAAGGUGGGAGGUGGCUUCAUGAUGAGGGGAGAAGUCAGCCCUGGGACGACCUCCCCACUCCAGGCCUCAGUCCCCCUGACUGUGAGGUGAGAGGGAUGGCCCCUCCAGUUCUGCCCUAGGAAUUCCUAUAUGGAAUGGGAGCCCAGUUUCUGCAUCUGGCCGUUCCUUCAGGGGACGAGAGUGUCUGGCAGGUGCUGACCAUUCUCUGUGCCAUUUUCUGACCCAGUGUUGGUGGCCACCACUGUCACACAGCCAGCAUCUCACUCGGUCCUGUUAAAGGACCCCCUAAGUCCUCAGGUUAGACUGGGCUAAAUCCAGAGUUUGCUACAGCCUGGUCUUGGUCUUGGGAUUGAAUUACCUGCUGUGACUAGAUCUUAGCACACAUUUUACAAAGUCACGUGCACAGUUUUCACUAACUCCCUGGACAAGGGCGGGGGGAUCUUUUAAACAGGAAAGGGUAGGGGCUUUGUUGUAUUUCUGUGGACACAGUGUGGGCCUUCAUUACCUCCCCUUCCUCAAUAAUAUGUCUCUUAGGCCUGACCUUAUCCUGGUAACAGAAAAAAAAUGUUUUUUUAAUGCUGAAUUUGUAACUUCCUUCCCCAACUCCCGUAGCUGUAAAGUGCAGCCCCAAUUUAUUGGGAGAGAAAUCAGGCACAUUCUGGUGGCCUGAAAAUUCUAGCCACAUUGAUCACAUUUGUUCUGUUUCUCUUGUCGAGUGUUUCCAGGCUCUGUCCAGAUUCUCUUUAAACUACUGACAAAGAGGGCUUCCCUGGUGGCGCAGUGGUUGAGAGUCCA